AUGGGUGUGUUCACUUAUGAAACUGAGUUCACCUCUGUCAUCCCACCACCAAGAUUGUUCAAGGCCUUUGUUCUUGAUGCCGACAGCCUCAUCCCGAAGAUUGCCCCACAAGCAAUCAAAAGCUCAGAAGUUGUUCAAGGAGAUGGAGGGGUAGGAACCAUCAAGAAGAUUACCCUUGGUGAAGGAAGCCAAUACAGCUAUGUGAAGCAUCAGAUUGACAGCAUUGACAAAGAAAACUUUGUCUACAGCUACAGUUUGAUUGAAGGAGAUGCUAUCUCUGAAACCAUUGAGAAAGUCUGUUAUGAGAUUAAGUUGGUGGCAUCUGCUGAUGGUGGUUCCAUCAUAAAGAACACCAGCAACUACCACACAAAGGGAGAUGUUGAUAUCAAGGAAGAGCAUGUUAAGGCUGGCAAAGAGAGAGCCUCUGGUUUGUUCAAGCUUAUUGAAAACCACCUUGUGGCCAACCCAGAUGCCUACAACUAA